UGUAGAUCAACAUGCUGUCAUAUUCAUGAUUUCUUGCAGUGCAUCAGUGAGAAUUAGAUUCUAACGGGAUGGCACCCGAAACUGCAAACCAGAAGCGCAAAAGAGGCCGUCCGACGAACGCGUCGCGCAAUGACGAAGACGCGUCGGGAACACAACUAUCUCUCACAGGACAAGGACAACUAGCCACGACUUCCGAGAACGCCAGAGAAUCCGAAAUGGACGAUCCUUCACGGCCAAAAAAGCGCGGUCGCCGAGCCAACACCGAACUCCCCUCUCAAGCCCAGUCCGAAGCCGAAGCCUCACGACCAGAAAAGGCCAAGAGAAAACGUGGCCCAUCACCGGCGGCACCACCAGAUGACAAUGGAGAAGGUGUGGGAGACGAGGAACCUGAAGUCCCGAACCCGGAGCGUAGAAAGCGUGGUCGUCCCCGAGUCUCGAAUGAAGGGGUCGAAGAGGCUCCUCAAUCAAAUACCACAAGCAAUAACGCACUUCCAAAGAAACGCGGUCGACCCAAAGCAACCGAGGCAGAAAAAGAAGCCGAACCAGAAGCUGAUGAGGCUGACGACGAAAAUGAGGGCAACUCCAGCCUUCUUCGGCGUAGUGGUCGAAUUCGUCGAUCUCCCGUCUCAUUGAAUAAAGGGGCGCAAGCAGCAGCUGGUGAACAGCCGUCAAAAGGCCAGAAACCAAAGAAGAGAGGACGGCCUUCAUUGACCAUCACUCAACCUGCUGCCGAAGAAACAGAACAAGAUCCCGUCCCUCAGCCCAAAAAGAAGCGAGGCCGUCCCUCGUUGAAUAACCAACCAACAGAGGACGCCGAAGAAGCUUCCACAUCUCAGAAACAACCUAAAAAAGGCACUCGUCCCCGCUCAUCCGGCGAUGGUGCUUCAGCACCUACAAAGGGAAAGCGAAAGAAGUCCAUAGACCAGCCAUCCCAAGAACAACCCGAUUCCAACCAAGAAGACUCGCAACUCACACAAAACCGCGCACAUCGACGCUCCUCAGACACCCAACAACGUACUUCCUCCCCGAACUCCGACUCCGAAACUUCUCCCCCAAAGUACCGACAUCUAACAACCCGCACCCGCCGCGUGCCUCGCAACAUAAUCGAAUCCAAGUGGGCCCCCCUCGAAGCCCCCGCCGUCACCAGCGUUACCAACCUCCUGCAAAGCGCCUCCCGCCCCGUCCUCCUCCGCUUGACCAACGCACAGAAACACGCACACGCGCAAUCAGCCUUAAACGCCGUCACGAACCGACUCCGCUCUAAAAUAAGCCGUGGCCUGCCCUUCCCUCCUGCCACGACGACCACACGGCGCGAGGAGGAGUUCGAGUUCGAGCGCACGAUCUCAGGGAUCCAGGGUUUAGAAUCCGCGCUUGAUCCGCUGUUGCAUAGUGUGGAGUUACUACGGAGGGAAAAAGAACGCGCGCAGAGAGAGCUGGACGGCGAGUAUAAGGUACUACGCCGUUUAGGCGCGAAUGCGCGGGCGGAGGCUAGGGAAAGGAAGGAGAGGGAGAGGAAGAUGCAUGUUCUUGUGCCCGAAGGGGCGGGCGGGGAUAAGGAGAACAACGGGGAGGUGAUGAGUAUGGGGAUGGGGAUGGGGAUGGGUAAGGGUGGAGAGGAGAAGGGGAAAGUGUUUGUGGGCUUGGAGGGCGAAGAUAUGCUAGGUUUGGCGGGCCAGAUCGCGAGUCAUAUGGAGAGUUUGAGGGGAAAUUUGCAGCAGGUUGAGGGCGUGGCGCCUGCGAUUCAGAGGAGUGAGGGGUUGUUGAGAGCGGCGCUGCUGGGGAGGUUGGAUAAGGAGCAGUUGGAGAGUGUUAUACUUGGGUAAUAGACUUGGAGAUGGUGGGCUCAUCAGCUACAGAGUAAGGGCAAGAUGCACUCUUGGCUGUAUCAUGAAUAUAAUGAAUUAUGAUACCCGGACUCGACUUUCGUGUGGUUUCGGGUCAGGUUGAGAAACACCCCUUCUUGAAGCGACAUUUUCUGGGAUUAAAGAGAUAGUUGUAAGUGUCAACACACCC